AUGGCGAACGCACACAUCAACACAGCGCUCAACAGCUUCUUCAAUGCGAGCAAGUACGCCGUUGUUGGUGCAAGCAAGGAUCCGUCCAAGUUUGGAAACAAGGUGAGUGUUUGUGCCCGACUUCUCCCACGGCACCACGACAAAAGCUCUGAACCGCCCUUUCAUCCCUUUGAUGCUGCAAUACAGGUCUUGAAGUGGUAUCAGACGCACUCAUUCGACAUCACGCCGAUCCAUCCUAAAGAAGCCGAAAUCGAAUCGCUUGCGACUCAACCCGAUGUAGCAAGUUUCCUCGACAAAGUCGGCGCUCCAGCCGACAAGGUCGCCAUCUCCGUCGUCACACCUCCCAAAAUCAGCCUAGUGGUGGUGCAAAAGGGAUUGCAGGACCAGGGUGUCGCCACGUUCUGGUUGCAGCCAGGCGCGGAAGACGCCGACCUCGUGAGCUGGGUCAAGUCUCAACCAGAGUCGAUCCAGGACAGAGUCAUCUACGGUGGUCCGUGUAUCCUUGUCUCUGGUCGCCAGCUUGCAGCGGAUAAAGGAAAGCUAUAG